ACUCCCUUCCCACUUCCCCCCAUUCACAACCUCUCCUCUUCUCCCGUCUUCCCCAUUUCUCAACUUCUCGCUUUUCUCUCUCCUCCUUCUGCAAAAACUGCUCAUUGCGGCAUUUCGUCGAACACCUUGAAAUCAAUCUUCCCAGAAAAAAUUACCGAAGAAGAUAAUCAACAAUGUCGCUGCGACCUAAUUCGAGGACCGAGGUGAGGAAGAAGUCCUACAAAAUUGGGGUGGAUGCCGACGAAGCUCGCCGUCGUAGGGAGGACAAUUUGGUGGAGAUCAGGAAGAAUAAGAGGGAAGAUAACCUGUUGAAGAAGCGUCGUGAAGGUUUCGCUCUUCCAUCUCACCCUCAACAGCCCCUUAAUCACGAUGUUUCUCAGAAUAUGGAGAAGAAGUUGGAAAGCAUCCCUGUAAUGGUUCAAGGAGUGGCUUCUGCUGAUCCCAAUAUUCAGUUAGAGGCAACUACUCAAUUCAGGAAGCUUUUGUCUAUUGAACGAUGUCCUCCAAUUGAUGAAGUUAUUAAAGCUGGUGUUGUCCCGAAAUUUGUGGAAUUUCUUGACAGGCAUGAUCUACCUCAACUUCAGUUCGAGGCAGCGUGGGCUCUGACCAAUGUGGCAUCUGGGACUUCGGAGCAUACAAGAGUUGUAAUUGACCAUGGUGCUGUCCCAAAGUUUGUUCAACUCCUUGCAUCUGCUAGUGAUGAUGUCCGGGAACAGGCAGUGUGGGCUUUGGGAAAUGUUGCUGGUGAUUCUCCCACCUGUAGAGAUCUUGUACUGGGUCAUGGUGCGCUUGUGCCAUUGUUAUCUCAGCUGAAUGAAAACUCCAAACUGUCAAUGCUAAGGAAUGCUACUUGGACGUUGUCCAACUUUUGUCGUGGCAAACCACCAGCACCAUUUGAACAGGUUAAACCUGCGUUACCAGUCCUUCGACACCUUAUCCACCUAAAUGAUGAAGAGGUUUUGACAGAUGCCUGCUGGGCCCUUUCUUAUUUAUCUGAUGGCCCUAACGACAAAAUUCAGGCUGUCAUAGAAUCUGGUGUAUGCCCACGGCUCAUGCAGCUCCUUCUCCAUCCUUCGCCAACAGUUCUCAUUCCUGCUCUUCGAACAGUUGGGAAUAUUGUCACAGGAGAUGAUAAUCAGACCCAGUUUGUAUUAGACAACAACGUCCUUCCUUGUCUUAACCAACUUCUCACUCAAAAUCACAAAAAAAGCAUCAAGAAGGAAGCAUGUUGGACAAUAUCGAAUAUAACCGCUGGAAACAAGAUUCAAAUUCAGCUUGUUAUUGAGGCUGGUCUUGUUCAGCCUCUUGUGGAAUUACUCCAGAAUGCGGAAUUCGACAUCAAGAAAGAGGCUGCAUGGGCAAUCUCUAAUGCCACAUCUGGGGGAUCUCAUGAACAGAUACGAUUCUUGGUGAGCCAAGGUUGUAUCAAACCUCUCUGUGAUCUGCUAAUAUGCCCUGACCCACGAAUUGUUACGGUUUGCCUCGAGGGGCUUGAGAAUAUACUGAAAGUGGGAGAGGCUGACAAAGAAAUGGGAAUGAAUGGCGGAGUAAACGUGUACGCUCAAAUGAUUGAUGAAUGUGAAGGAUUGGACAAGAUUGAGAACUUGCAAACUCAUGAUAAUAACGAGAUUUACGAGAAGGCCGUGAAAGUCUUGGAGAAAUACUGGGCUGAGGAAGAAGAAGAGCAGAAUGUUCAAGAUGCUCUAACAGCUAUGAAUCAACAGGGCUUCAACUUCGGUGCUACACAACCCAACAUCCCAGCUGGCGGGUUCAAGUUUGGGUGAACGUACGGGCUUUUGGUGAUUUUAGUCCGUGUUUUUAGGCCCAUACCCUACCCCAAACCCCCGCUACUGAAUUUUGGAAGCCGUGUUUGCUAUUUUAGUUACACCCCGUUAGAGCCAGUGUUUUGGUCUUGCUCUUACGGGUCAUUGGUCUAUUAUGAAUUAUGAGUCUAUUUUGUUGUGUUUCUGCGUCUCACAGGAAAAAAAAUUACGGUAUACUCGGAAUUUGUAUUUAGUUGCACAAGUGUAGUCAAAAAGUUUAUUGCCAUGUUUGGCUCUUUUAAGUUCUUUUGGGAUUUUCAGUUUCAGGUUGGUUAUUAUUGGUGUCUGAGUAAGGAGAAGUUUCUUGCUGUUUUGUGGUUAUGCGUUUGGCAACUACUCUUAUAUAAUACCAAGUAGUAGUUACAUUGCUGUA